CCACCUCCAGUGGCCUUCACUCCCAGCCUGGAGAGGCAGCAAAGACGGCAAUGGGUUCCCACUGUGCCAAGCUCGGCACAGGCCACGGCCGGGGCCAAGAAUCCUCCAUGAAGAAGCUCGUGGCCUGCGUGAGCCAGGAUAACUUCUCCUUGUCAUCAGAGGGGGAGGAAGAGGAGGAGGGAGAGGAGGUGGAGGGAGAGGAGGAGGAGGAGGAAGAGGAGGAGGAGCAGCUCCCAGUGCAGGGAAGGCUGCUGCUGAUGGAGCCCGAGCAGCAGCAGGAGGAGGGAGCCGAGGGAGAGCCGCCCGCCGCCCAGCAGAGCCCUGAGCCCCAGCAGACACGCUCCUGACCCACGACGGGCGCCCACAGGGAGGUUCCCGCCACUGCUCCAGCGAGAGGAACUUUCAGAAAAGAGUCAAUAAAAAGUCUCCAAGGA